AUGGAGAAAAGCACCGCCAAUGACAAUAAGGACGCCAAUGACAGCAUCGUCACCCCCAAGAAGACCAAGCCCACCAGCAGCAGAAAAACCAAGUCCAGGUCUCCUCGCAACAAGGAAAACAACUCUCCAAAGUUGGACUGGAGAGAUGCCAAUGAUUCCAAAAAGACAGCCACCAAAAAGUCAAGUGGCAUCUCUCCAGAACAGUUUCAUGGAAACAGCAACAAUGGUAGUACUCGAACUAGAGUUCGUCCAGGCAAGGAUUAUGUGAAAGCAAUCCAUGAGCAGUCCGAAGAAAACGUGUUUCGAGAAGAAAAAAAAGAAAUAUCCAAGGUCCAAGAAGUCAAACGGUCGGCCUUUAGAGCUGUCACUUCCCUGAAAACCUGGCCGCUUCAAGACUUGGCCAUGAAAGAUUAUCAACAGCUGAUGCAACUUUACUUGGGCGAGGAAAACAACAAAAAUGGCGUCAAGGAGGAUCCAGAUUACAAUCACGGGGCUUCUUCCGAAUCGGCAGCUUCCACAGAUAAGAAACGCAUCAUGACAGACAAGUCCUUGUCUCCAAGCAAGAGCCAACUGAAGCAGCGGUACAAGAAGGAGUUUCUGGAGGAAUUAGAAAUUCCAGACCACAAUGUUGUCACAGUGUCCUAUGAUCCGACCAGUCGAUUUGAUCCUGGAUUGUGGUCCAUGGAACCACGCAUCUUUUCGACGGAAAAAGCCAAUGGAAAACGACGAUACAUUGUUGGGAACAUGGGACGUGUGGCGGAUCUCAUUUGGCGCAAGACAGAUCGGUUUCAGCGUUACUUUUACGAGCUCAUCCUGGAAGAUGCUCCUUGUCGCCUAUAUUUUGAUUUGGAGUAUUCCAUCCCGGACAAUCCAGACAUUCCACCCAAUCAACUGCUGAACGAACUCUACAUGGAACUGGUGCAGGCAUUGGUCAUACGGUUUCCCAAUCACUGCGAGGGAUUCUCGAGGAAUUGUAUUGUGGAUUUGGAUUCCUCAACGCCACAAAAGUUUUCUCGGCAUUGGAUUGUCCACUUGCCGUCAAAGGCUCUGUUCAAGAAUAAUGUGGAAGCUGGCAAGUUUGUCAAAGCGUUCAUUCAAAAGUUGGCGGACGAAGUCGCUACGGGGACUCUGUACGACCGAUGUCCCUGUCUUCAUGACUUUUUGUUUGUGAACCCAAAGGGAACAUUGAAAAAGAAAGCGAACGACGACAACCCCAAGCAAGAAUUGCCGUUAUCGAAAAAGUCAUGCUUUGUGGAUUUGGGUGUCUACACGCGAAACAGGCUCUUUAGAUUGCUUGGUUCGGCCAAGUUUGGAAAGCCUGCGGAUUGCGCUCUCAGAUUGGCCAGUUCCAACCAAUUCCCUCUUCCGCGAGGGUUUGGGAAUGAUAUGUUUUACGUGCCCGCCAUGGUCAAAUCAGAGACAGAAGACAAUUGUGAAGAGGAUGGAGAGAGCAACAUUCGAGAGGGUGAAGUGAAACGAGACAAAGCUAUAGAAAAGUUCAAAACACAAACUGACUGGUCCCUGCAUGCUCAGGUACUCUGCCGGACGCUCGUCGUUCCUUUGAAUUGGCGCAAGAUUGAUUAUCCACUUCUCCCCGAAAUGGAGGACGAGACAGAAAGCAACGAAACAAAACCCAGCCGACAACCUACUCCCCUGUCCAACAGUGCCCGCCCAACCUUUGGCGAAUCGCCGUAUCCCUACAUCGACAGGUUUGUCGAAGAUGUCCUUGCAAUCAGAGGCUCGCCACCGAUUCAAGGUGCCAUUCGCGCUUGGACGUUGGUCAGUGGGGGUGAUACUGCAAGCAAUGGUACUGGUACUAACAGUCCUCAAGUCCCUGUUGGCAUUUCAUAUCAAAUGCUUCGCAAUCGUUGGUGUGAGUGCGUUGGUCGCCACCACAAGAGCAACAAUGUCAUCUGGAACAUCGACUUUCACCACAAGAAGGCUACUCAAACUUGCUACGACCCAGAAUGCCGAGCCAUGAACUUUCGCGGUGCCCCAAUCGAUCUUCCCUACGACGUAGUGGAACAACUAGACGAUGCUAUGUUUGAAUCAGAGUUGGCAGGAUUGGACGAAGAAGUGCUUCUACGCGGCAACGCAUCUCUCCAAAAUACAAAAUCAGCAAAGCACUCAGAGGCCAACGACAACGGGCUCGAAAAUGCCAUGAGCGCCCUGAGCCUGGGCUCCAGCAAGGUGCAGCCUCAUGCAAGUCCAGGUUUUGAUGCCGCUUUGUCUGACGAUGCACUGCUGGAAGCUCUGGAGUCAAACCCCGAGCUCUUCCACUAA